AUGUCAAAGAAACAAGAGUCUGAAAUUACUACUUUGGGACUCAACGCUGUGUCCUACCCCACCUCAUUCUCUUCCAGCACAGGGGACGAACACAGCCGUGGGAACUGGGGUCACUUGGACCAGGUGGCCGCACUGCGCUGGGUCCAGGACAACAUCGCCAACUUUGGAGGGAACCCAGGCUCUGUGACCAUCUUUGGAGAGUCAGCGGGAGGUGAAAGUGUGUCUGUGCUUGUGCUAUCUCCCUUGGCCAAGAACCUCUUCCACAGGGCCAUUGCUGAGAGUGGUGUGGCUCUCAUGUCUGCUCUGGUGAAGACCAAGAACAUCAGGUCUAUAGCUGAGAAAGUUGCGAUCACGGCUGGGUGCAAAACCACCACAUCCGCCACCAUGGUUCACUGCCUGCGCCAGAAGACAGAGGAGGAGCUCUUGGAGGUCACACUGAAACUGAACCUGGCUAAGCUUGAUUUUGUUGGAGAUCCCAGAGAGAGCAUUCCCUUCCUGCCCACUGUGGUUGAUGGAGUGCUGUUGCCCAAGUCACCUGAAGCGAUUCUGGCUGAGAAGAGUUUCAACACUGUUCCCUACAUCGUGGGAAUCAACAAGCAAGAAUUUGGCUGGACCAUUCCAAUGUUUUGGGGCUAUCCACUGGAAGGUGAAAUGGACAAGAAGAAGGCCUCAUCACUGCUGUGGACAUCUUACCCAAUGCUGGACCUUUCUGAAGAGCUGAUUUCAGCAUCCAUUGAGAAAUAUUUUGGAGGAACAGACGACCCUGUCAAAAUGAAAGACCUGCUACUUGACUUAAUAGCAGAUGUGAUGUUUGGAGUUCCAGGUGUGAUGGUAUCCCGGAGCCACAGAGAUGCUGGAGCCCCCACCUACAUGUAUGAGUUUCAGUAUCGCCCGAGCUUCUCAUCUGACCUGAAACCCAAGACGGUGGUAGGAGACCAUGGGGAAGAGGUCUUCUUCGUGUUUGGGGCCCCAUUUUUUAAAGAGGGUGCCUCAGAAGAGGAGAUCAAUCUCAGCAAGAUGGUGAUGAAGUUCUGGGCCAACUUUGCUCGGACUGGGAAUCCCAAUGGGGAGGGGCUGCCCCGCUGGCCAGAGUACGAUCAGAAGGAAGGUUACCUGAAGAUUGGCGUUCCCACCCAGGCAGCCCGGGGGCUGAAAGACAAGGAAGUGGCUUUCUGGACCCAGCUCAGAACCCAGGAGGCAGCAAAGAGGCCACCCCAUGGAGAACACACUGAGCUGUGAACAGGAGGCCCAGUCAGCAUGAGCAGACGGGGACAGCCAACACAGGCACCUUUGGCCGAAGGGGUUUUCAAGCCAAAGAGGCAGAUGCCUCUGUGGAGGCUGGACAAUUGUGUGGUGAGAGUGGGCAGAGGCCAGGGAAGCAGAAUAUUUGUACCUGUGACCUUAGUUGUUUAAAUAAA